CCACCUACCACGUACAUUCCAUUUUCCAAGAAAAAUAAAGUAACAUUAUAGCGAAAAACAAAAUAUAUAUAUAUAUAUAUAUCCAGUGGUGGAGAAGAUGAGGCAAAGGAGAAACCAUGUAAUCCCAUUGCCUGCUGGUGUUGAUGACGUUGACAAAUUCACCUGCACGAACCUUCACAUCAACAAUUCACACCCAUCUCUAUCCACAAUCUUUAUGAUCAAUUCAUUGCUUGUACAAACAUAUUUCAACCCGGAUGAACACUGGCAGGCUCCUGAAGUAGCUCACCGAAUUGCAUUUGGAUAUGGGCAUUUGACAUGGGAAUGGAACAAGGGUAUAAGGAGUUACUUGCAUCCUGUUCUUUUUGCUGCUCUAUAUAAAGUUCUUGCACUUUCCUAUCUGGAUAACUCUUGGUUCAUGAUAAGGGCCCCACGUUUGCUGCAGUCUGUAUUCUCUGCUAUUGGUGAUCUCUACUUGUACAAAUACUCAAAGGCGUUGUUUGGCGACAAUGCUGCCUGUUGGGCUCUGACCAACUGGUUCAUGUUCUUCUGCAUCACUCGUACUUUAUCUAACAGCUUAGAGGCUGUUCUUACCAUGGUGAGUUUAUAUUACUGGCCCUGCAUGAGACCCUCGUCUUGUUCAGUUGCAUAUGAUUCGAGAAAACGUGCUCUGGCUGUAGCUGCAUUGGCAUCCGGUAUUAUUAUGUCCAAAGAGUGGAAGCUUUGUGGACAUAUAAUAUGGGUCUUGGGAGUAUAUAGCCUUCUCGGCCAUAAAGAAUUCAGGUUUGUUCUUCCUGUGCUACCCGUAGCGUUGAUUUUCUCAGGGAUUCCAUUAGCCAAUUUACAUCAACGUGAAAUCUCGAAGAGGAAGCAAAAUUGGAACUCUCAUAAAAACCGCUAUUCGAGGCUGCAUUUGUCGGUCCUUUUCCUGCUUGUAACUAAUCUUCCGAUGGCUCUAUACAUGAGUAUGAGAGGUGCAGAGGAUGUGAUGAACUAUCUCUCGAGGGAGGCUAAAGACAAUAGAGUAAAAAGUAUCCUCUUUUUGACACCUUGCCAUGCUACACCAUACUAUUCGACCCUACAUAAGAACAUCUCUAUGCGUUUCUUGGAUUGUACACCAAGGGAAGAAAGAGGAAACUUGGACGAGUCGGACCAAUUUUUACACGAUCCCCUUGUUUUCGUGACAAGACUUGCGAGAAAUUGGACACCCCCCAGCCACAUUGUGCUAUUUGAUUCCCAAGAAAAGCCGUCGAAGGAACUUUUAGCCUCUCACAAGUUUGAUGAGAUGAAAAGGUUCUUUCAUGCUCAUUUCAAAUUGGAUCGGGAACUUCAAGGAUCAAUCGUUGUGUACAAGUCUCAAGGGCAGUGAAUUGGAGUCUGGAAGUUUUGUGUCCCUUCGUGUACAGGUGUUUUGAUUUUCUUUCUUCUCCACAAUGUCAUCAGUUUUGUACCAUACUACCAAACUAUACAUAGAUGGUUAUGUAUGUCUUUCUUUAUUUCCUUUUCUCUUUAACACCAAUGUUAAACACAUAUUUAGCAGACGAGACGAGUGUACACUGUGUUCCUAUACAAGAAAGAUUCAGUUAUUUGAUACAUUUGUGGUUAUUUCUGAAGACAUUUUGCAGUACAAAUUUAUCACUAUGUAUUCAGAUAUGGCACAAUCUGAUUCUUCUCGACAUCACAUUUCUUCGUCGUGCCUAAUCG